CACAAGACAGAGAAGAAACAUAACCAUCUAGCCUAAGAAUUCAAAUAUUCUCAAUGGGUAGCCAAAUGAAGAAGCAAUGGCCUCAAUUUGCUUGUGCAUUGGCAUUUUUCUUGAUUGGCACAUGCACUGUGGCAUAUUCACCCUCUUAUGAAUCACCAACUACAACAUACAAUAAAGUACCACAAUUGUCAAAAAACGACUACAAUGUACCCUCUAUGCCUAAACAGGAAUACCGGACUCUUUCUUUGCCAAAGAAUGACUACUACAAGAAGUCAUUAGUUCCAGAAGAUAACUACAAGAAGGAGUCAUCUGUUCCAAAAGAUAACGACUAUAAGGUACCCUCGGUGCCUAAAGAGGAAUAUAAGGCGCCGACUUUACCAAAAAAUGACUACUACAAGAAGCCAUCGAUUCCAGAAAAUAACUACAAAAGGGUGGCAUUUGUUCCAAAAGAUAACGGCUACAAGGUACCUUUAGUGCCUCAAAAGGAAUAUAAGGUGUCAUCGUUGCCAAAGAAUGACUACUACAAGAAGCCAUCCGUUCCAGAAGAUAACUAUAAGAAGGUGCCAUCUGUUCCAAAAGAUAAUGACUACAAGAUACCGUCAGCACCUAAACAAGAAAACAAGGUGCCCUCAAUGCCAAAACAGGAAUACAAAGUGUCAUCUUUGACAAAGAAUGACUACUACAAGAAAUCAUCGGUUCCAGAAGAUAACUACAAGAAGGUGUCAUCAGUUCCCAAAGAUAACGACCAUAAGGUACCAUCAAUGCCUAAACAGGAAUACAAGGUGUCUUCUUUGCCCAAGAAUAACUACUACAAGAAGCCAUUAGUUUCAGAAGAUAAUUACAAUAAGGUGUCAUUUGUUCCAAAAGAUAAUGACUACAAGGUACCCUCAAUGCCUGAAAAGGAAUAUAAGGCGCCAUCCUUUCCAAAGAACGACUACUACAAGAAGCCAUCAAUUCCAGAAGAUAACUCCAAGAAGCCGUCAAUUCUAGAAGACAACUACAAGGUGUCAUCCGUUCCAAAAGAUAACGACUAUAAAGUACCCUCAGUGUCUAAACAGGAAUACAAGGUGCCUUCUUUGCCCAAGAACGACUACUAUAAGAAGCCAUCAGUUCCAGAAGAUAACUACAAGAAGGUGUCAUUUGUUCCAAAAGAUAACGACUAUAAGGUACCCUCAAUGCCUAAAUCAGAGUACAAGGUGCCAUCUUUACCAAAAAAUGACUACUUCAAGAAACCGUCACCUUCUCCUCCACCACGUUACUACUAUAAUUCACCCCCUCCUCCUUCACCAUCACCACCACCUCCUUACUAUCAUCAGUCAUCUUCAAUUCCUUCUCCAUCACCACCACCUCCAUAUUAAACUCUCUCUUUCAUGUCAUGUUUCCCUUCUCUCCAGUAUAACGUAAUCCUAAGAUAUAUCUCUCCUUAUGAG